CGUACCAAAGAUGGUUCCGGCGGCGACACGAGCGGCAUCACGUGGGGCCAGAGGCGGGAAGGGCCCUGUGGGCCCGGGAGCCUCUCUUCGCUCUGUGCAAGCGGCGAUGGAGAAGUUUGCCAGCCCGGGCAAAGGCAACGGCCUGCGCUCCUCGAAGGCGGUGAAGCCGGGAGAGCUGCUGUACCGCGCGGAGCCCUUCGCUUACACCGUCAGCAAGAAGCGCCUGGGAGGCGUGUGCGAGCGCUGCCUGCGCAGGAAGGAUCGACUGCUUAGGUGUUCUCAGUGCAAAGUUGCAAGAUACUGUGAUGUACGUUGCCAGAAAGAAGCCUGGCAGGACCACAAACGGGAAUGCAAGUGUAUUAAGAGCAUUGAGCCCAACUUCCCCCCAGACUCAGUGAGGCUUGUCGGCAGGAUCAUUUUCAAACUAUUAAGACAAUCAACAUGUCCAUCUGAAGAGCUCUACUCUCUUUCUGAUCUUCAGUCAAAUUUUGACAAGUUAAGUGAAGAAAUGAAAGAUGGUCUUGGGCACCUUGCAAGGACUCUGCAGUUGUAUCUGAAAGUGGAGAUCCCAGAAGCUUCUCAGCUGCCACCUGCUCUAGAUAUUCUUCAGACCUUCGCAAAAGUUCUUCAUUUUUUCCUUAGGAGUUCGCAGUGGGAAAAAGUGACCUGCAACUGUUUCAGCAUUAGCAAUGGAGAGAUGCAGAAUGUUGGUGUUGGCCUUUAUCCCAGCAUGUCUUUGCUGAACAACAGUUGUGAUCCCAACUGCGUGAUCGUCUUUGAGGGUCCCCGGCUCCACCUCCGCUGCAUCCGGGACAUUGAGAUGGGUGAAGAGCUCACCAUCAGCUAUAUUGAAACAAUGAUGCCUACUCCGGAUCGUCAGCAGCACCUGAAGCGCCAAUAUUGUUUUGAAUGUGACUGCCCUAUGUGCCAUUCACAAAGCAAGCAGGAUGCUGACAUGUUGGCAGGUGAUGAGCAGGCCUGGAAAGAAGCCAAAGAAGCUAUAAAUAAAAUGGGAGCUCCAAAGUCACAAGAAGAAUGGGAGCAGGCUCUUGUGACAUGCCAGAUGAUACUAAAGAACAAUGCCACUCACCUCCCAGACACAAACAUUUACCAGCUGAAAGUACUUGACUUUGCCAUGGACGCCUGCAUAAAUCUUGGCCUUUUGGAAGAAGCCUUGCUUUAUGGUCACAGGACUUUGGAGCCCUACAGGGUUUAUUAUUCUGGCUUCCAUCCUUUGAGGGCCGUCCAGAUGAUGAGAGUGGCCAAACUCCAGUGCAGUCACGACUUGUUUCCUCAGGCCCUGGAAACCUUGAAGGAGGAGACUGAUUGGUGGAUGUGUGAAGCUGUGGUCCAGUAGCACAAUGUUAAAAGCAGAGAGAGUGUUUCUUGAUGCGGCUUUGCUUGUGGAACACCAGGUGACUGGAUUGCUUUUUAUGAGGCCAAAUCUGAGUGUUUUGGCCUUACCAAUAUACAUAGCUGAGGAUGGGAGGAAAUGUAGAUUUGGUCAUCAUCUUAGUCCUUCCCAGCAAUCUUUUGUUUAGAUCCCCACAGUGGUAUCAACCUGUGAUCUUGUAGUAAAUAGUAACCUUACUGGUAAAAUCUUUUAAUCCCUUAAAAUGUCUAUUACUUGACUCUUACUUCCUUGGGGAAUCAUUUAAUUAGCCAGCCUGUGGUGGAAUCAGCAAGAAUCCAAUUUCUAUUGGAUAUUUAAGGCAGUGCUGGCUCUCAUGUGCACAUUUCCUAAAGUAACUUUGUAAUACUGCAUUAUUCGCCGGCAAAAACCUGCUCCAGAAACCUGUGGGAAGGAACCAAGUGUUUUCACUGAAGGAAGACUUCCAGGGAAGCACAAGAAUUGGUAAGAUAAAAGUAAACAUUUAAUGCCACUAUAUUUUGAUAUCUUUUAAACAUCAUAUCUUUGACAAUAUGUUUCACACCUCAUAUACCACAAAAGGUAAGAGAUUCUUUUUUUAAACCAGCAAACAGUGAACUUUACAUUUUAAUGGCAAAAGGCUUGACAUAUUCAUUCAAUCAGUUUCCAUUUUGUGUGUGUUUCUCGGUUACUUUUCCAUUCUUGUCCUACUGCUGUCUGGGUCCACCCCCCCCCCUGUUGGUUCUUUUUCCAGCAAAGCGGAGGUGAGGAACCUCAGAGGCUCUGGGGUCAAGUGCUGCCCCCCAGACCACUCUGUCUGGCUGCCAGGACUCUUCUCAGGCCACAUCCCCUCUCUCUAGGCCAACCCUUGCCAGCCCUCCUUGAGUGAUCUUGCUUGACUGGAAUGGGUCUUUGAACCUCGACAAUGCCUCUUGGUUGCCUGGAUCAAGGAAUGGUGGGUACAUUUGCAUGGAAGCUAGCAUGUACAAAGGUAACAUUUACAUUUGUCUCUUUGGCCACUUUUGUCUCUGGCCCCACCCAUUGCUGGCAUGUGGCUGACCCCCUGGAAGGUUGCCCAGAUGGGAAUGUGUCUCUGGGUCUGGAAGAAGUCCCCCACCCCUGUAAUGGAGCCUAGGUGAUAUAGCAGACGAUUAGUGUGUAGAUCUGUCUUCUUGUGGAACUUCUUGUGACUGACUCAGUAGAAGUGAUUCCCCCUAGCAGGGGUCUCUCUCCAACCUUACGUGACUUUAUUAUACCACGGUUACUAUGGAAAAGGACAUAGCCACAGACAGAAUGAAAUGGAUUCAGCAAAUGUACACUUCAAUGCAUAGCACUUAGAUAAGCAUUUCCAAUCAUGAUGGUUAAAUAAAUUAUAAAGUACAAGCAAUUCUAUAAAGCAAGAACAUCCUGAGUUUACAAAUAAAUUAUGUCCUUCAUACGUCAAAUAGGUGAUGGAUGUCAGAUAGCAGUUUCAGCUAGGGAAAUUGGGGAAGGAGCUGAAAUUUAGAAAAAGUAGUAUCUAUGUGUACAUAAAAUCUUUAGGCGAGUGAGUGUUUUAUUCAGAUACCCAUUCACACGCAUAUUAUACAAUAUAUAAGGUGGCUAAAUUCAUAUAGAGAGUAUAUGUCAUAUAGAUAUAGCUGAAACUGCUUUAAGCACCACUUUUAUUACCAUCAUUUUAUUAUAAAGUAUGCUCCAGAGUUGAGUAGGGCCACUCAAAGUUU